ACUCCACGCUGCUCGUAGCUGACGAACUUGUGCUCGAAUGGCCGCGACGAUCGCGAGGGGCGGCGCCGGGCUCUUCAUCUCCGCCUUCAACGCCCGCCUAGCCGGAAAAAAGAGGAUUUCCAGCGCCUCCGGCUUCCUCUCUAUCCUUCGUUCCCAUGGCAGUGCCACUAAUCGUUACUCCUUCCUCCGUUCCUCGCCCGCUGCAAGUGCAAGAGCAUACUCUUCGGAGCCACCCCAAUCGGUGGUCGGUGAGGUUGAAUCCUCAACAGUGGAGGAGGGAGAUCCUCCUAUUGACCCGCUGCGAGAGGCUGCAGAUACUCUUGACAUUCGGGUUGGGCGCAUCCUCAAAGCGUGGAGGCACCCCGAGGCCGAUUCCUUGUAUGUGGAGGAAGUGGACGUCGGUGAGUCCGAACCGAGGACCAUCUGUAGUGGUCUCGUCAACUACAUUCCGUUGGAGCAGCUCCAGGACACCAAAGUAGUUGUCCUUGCUAACCUGAAGCCUAGAAACAUGCGGGGUAUCAAAUCGAAUGGAAUGCUUAUGGCAGCUUCUGAUGAACCUCAUGAAAACGUCGAGCUUCUCAUACCCCCAGAAGGUUCAAUUCCUGGUGAAAGAAUUUGGUUUGGCUCUGAGGAGGACAAAGAUAAGCAACCUGAUGCUGCUAGUCCUAAUCAGGUCCAAAAGAAAAAGAUAUGGGAGGCUGUUCAGCCGCACCUAAAAACAACAAACGAUUGCUUGGCUGUUUUAGCUGCGAACCCUAUGAGAACAUCUGCGGGCGUGGUUGCAUGCAAGAGUCUAAAGAAUGCACGAAUAUCAUGACCUUGUUCCAGCCUCGGAAUCCAUCCAUCGAUGAGUAUGUGGUUAUUUAGUUCCUUGAGUUCGAUUUGCACCAAGAAUGUUCUGUAUUCGUUCUUUUGCUGGCAAGUCUGCAACUAUGAUGAUGCAUUAAGAAUCACUGAAGAAUGAUACUCUCGUGACUAGGCGAAGCUAUUAUGAUGAUAACAAUAAUAAUAAUCAUAACUUGCUGUCAACAUCUGCGCAUCAAGAUAUCAUAGGGUUCUUCUUCUUAUGACUUGCUCUUGGACUAGACGUACCCUGACCCUAGGAAUAAGUUUAUUCGUGUUUGGCUGGGUAUGCCCUAUAUGUUGGCCUGUGGUAUUUGACCUUGUUACGUUGGCUUAUUCAAACUUUAUUUUUAAUUAAGAAUUUACAAAUUAUUAUAAC